AUGGCGAAAUGUUUGUUCGGAAGUAGUAUUUGUCAUGAAGCCAUUUCAUCAAAUACAACAAAACAUUUCGUGAGAUAUCCGAAUGUGCACUAUAAAGACAUGGAGGGUUUACCUCUCCUACGUGAGGUGACUAAGAUGAUCUUAGAUGCAGAAAUCAUCGAAGAUCCUAAAAUACUUGUCAAGAAGCAUAAGGUUGCUGAAUUUAAACACCCUAAAGAACUCGAGGAAAUUUUUGACCUCCGCAUAGAGGAUGAACCAGCCACUCACGAGGAGAUGGUGAAGCUGUGUCGAGAUGUCUUGAAGUACAGUGUGAAGACGUGUCAUCCUAUGUUCGUGAGCCGACUCUACCAAGGCGUCGAUGGGUACGGAUUGGCAGGGGCGUGGCUUACUGAAGCUCUAAACACAAAUCAAACAACUUAUGAAGUUGCACCUGUUUUUGUUCUGCUGGAGAAAGCGUUGCUGGAUGGUAUGAUUAAAUUGGUCGGCUGGGACGAAGGCGAAGGCAUAUUUUGUCCAGGUGGCUCGAUGGCAAACAUGUAUGGAAUGUCCUUGGGUCGGUUUCAUGUGGAUCCGUCAGUUAAAACCAAAGGGAUUCGAGAUCUCCCACAGCUAGUGUGCUUCAUUUCGGAAGAGGCUCAUUAUUCCGUGAAAAAAGGAGCACUGUUUUUGGGACUUGGUACUGACAGUGUUAUCGUAGUACCAACUGACACUCAAGGAAGAAUGUUGCCCGAAGAAUUGGAAAAAGCUGUACUCAAAGCAAAAAGUGAGGGUAAAAGACCGUUUUUUGUUUGUGCCACAUCGGGAACUACUGUCUUAGGAGCUUAUGAUCCACUAAAACCGUUGUCAGAAGUCUGCAAGAGGCAUAAUAUGUGGUUCCACGUUGAUGGAGCAUGGGGUGGAGCAACUAUUUUUUCACGCACACAUAGACGACUCAUGGAUGGCAUUAAUAAGGUUGAUUCCAUCACUAUUGAUCUGCACAAGAUGAGUGGGGUGCCUUUCCAAUGUACCGUCUUUUUGACUCGUCAUAAGGGAAUCUUAUACAAAUGCAAUGCUCUGAAUGCAGAAUAUCUCUUCCAACCGGAUACUUACUACGAUACCCAUUACGAUCUGGGGGACGAGAGCAUCCAGUGCAGUCGUAAAGUGGACUGUUUAAAACUGUGGAUUGCUUGGAAAGCUCGAGGUAGCCUGGGACUUGAAAAACAAGUGGACACUGCGUUUGCAAUGGCAAAAUACUUGGAAUCUAAAGUAAGGUCAACUGAAGGAUUCAUACCAGUGCUACCCGAGUUUGAAUGUACGAAUAUUUGCUUCUGGUAUGUACCUCCCAGCCUGAGAGGAAAAGAAAAGGAACCAGACUUUUGGGAAAAAAUUGCAAAGAUUGCUCCACUCAUCAAAGGACGUGCCGUCAAGGAGGGCACCAUGCUCAUUUCCUAUCAACCUCUCAAGUCGAGAAACUGGGUAAAUUUUUUCCGCGUCAUUGUUCAUUGCAUUCCUACUUUAUCCGAAGAAUACAUGGACAACAUCAUCGAGCAAGUCAUCAAGUACGGAAAAGAUCUGUAA